AUGGAAGAGCAAGUAAGACAAGAAAUUCUUGAUGCAAGAGCACAACUUCAAACUCAAGAUUCUCAAUCAUCUGUAGAAGCUAAUCCAUUAUCACAUUUUCGUUGUCGUAUAGUUCCUAAUCUUAAUUUUAAUGGAUUUGAUAAGCCAAUAUCAAAUACAUCGAAUAUUUCUCAUGAAUGGGAUCAUAUUAUUAAAUGUGUUUUAACUACAAAUGAUUUUGAAAUGUUCAAAGAAGCAUUAUGGUUUAUUAAAAAUGAAGAUAAUCUAUAUUCAAGAAGAGCACUUAUCAUUGAAUAUAUUCGAGUGUGUUGUUGUUUAACAGAUGACGCUGUAAAUGAUGCUGUUGAUCACCUUCUUGAAUAUCUUCAUCAAGAUAUUGAAGCGACAUGGCAAUAUGAUAUUGGAUUUCUAUUUGAUCUUCUACAUAAUGCUGGUGUUAAUGUUGAAAAAUUGAUUUCGUUAUUAGGCGAUGUGGAAGUCAAAGAAUUAUUAAAUGAUAUACAAUUGAAAUCAAAACUUAAUUAUUAUGAAUCAACGAAUAGUAAAGCAUCGGCAAAUCAAAUAACAAAUUCUAUAAAACGUGUUUUUCGAAUUGUUUUAUCUUUGGGAUAUUUUCAAAUCGAAAAUUCAAAACCAACAUUAUCAAAUGAUAAUUAUUUAUUCUUAAUUUUACUUGGAUUUUAUCUUCAACUUGAUAAACGUUUUCAAGAUAUUAAUAUUAUUCAUAUAGCACGACGUUUAAUGGUUAAUGCAUUAACUUUAUUAUCAGCAACAUAUUGGAAUGAAAAGCGUGAUUUACUCGUUGAAUGUCUGUAUACAUUAUCAUCAAAAAAUGUUUAUAUUGUUGAAUUAUUUUUAAAAACAAAUGAACGUACUGUUCGAAUACGUACUCAACUUGCUUUAUUGCAUCUUAAAAGAUUAGUUAAUAUGACUGAACAUGGGAAAAAAAGUGAAGCAAUGGUUAUUGAUGAAAUUAUUCAAAAUAAACUUAAUCCACGUUUAUUUGAACGACAAAUUGAUUUUAUUGAUUGCGUAAGAUUACUCGGAGAUAUCGUUGAUAGUUAUCCAAUUGAACAACAAAUACAAUCUAUAAGAAAAUUAUAUAAUGCAAUUCAACCCUAUACAAAAACUACUCAUGAAAAAUUAUUAACAGAUGAACAUGUAUUAAUUCUUUAUGAUGAUUGGCAACGAUGGGCAACAAUGUUAAAACCUUAUUCCAUAGACAAUGAUUCACAAAAACGUCUUAAACGAAAAUAA